CAUCCCUCUCUCCCUCCCUCCGUCCGCGACGCUGCUCGCCAUCCCUCUCUCCCUCGCUCUCCGUCACUUCCUCCCGGGCCCAGAGCCCUGUCCAUAUGCCUGCUGCUGAUUGGCCGACAGAGUCUCUGAGAGGUGGAGCCGACAGUCAGGUUCUAGAGCCAAGUAGAACAACCAGCACAGAGAAGAACCUACCUGGUAACUGGACAGAACAGAACCAGAUGACCGCUAGAGCCAAAAUGGAGGACAACCUAACUACAACCUGCACCUAUGAGAACCAGAUGACCGCUAGAGCCAAAAUGGAGGAGAACCUAACUACAACCUGCACCUAUGAGAACCAGACGACCGCUAGAGCCAAAAUGGAGGAGAACCUACCCACAACCUGCACCUAUGAGAACCAGACGACCGCUAGAGCCAAAAUGGAGGAGAACCUAACUACAACCUGCACCUAUGAGAACCAGACGACUGCUAGAGCCAAAAUGGAGGAGAACACGGCGGGGGCCAGCACAGUGACGAGAGCAAACUUCUCCACACCCCCCCACAGCCCUGCACAUGGGCCCUUCCAGACCGUCUCCACACCCCCCCACAGCCCUUCACAUGGGCCGUUCCAGACUGCCUUCCCAUUGGUCGAUCGUGCCCAUCAUCUCACAUCGACUGCCUCCCCAUUGGUUGAAUGGAACGAGCCGUGCCAGUCUCAGGAAGAUACAACGUCUGUUUUACAACAUAUAGACACUCUAAAGGGUGCGGUGGAAGGUUGUGUGUAUGACGUGUGUGCAGUGCGUUCGCCAUCUGGAGGCCAGUGUGUGUGUUUGUGGAGUUGGAUGUGA